AUGGCCGACGAGCAAUUCGUCGAGGCCUUUAUGAAUGAAGUGGUGAGCACAUUCGGUCGGCUCGAUUACGCAGUGAACUGCGUCGGGAUACUUGGGGACUCGGGCCGAUCGACAGAGACAAGCACAGAGGAUUUUGACCGUAUCACCAAUAUCAAUUACAGGGGCUGCUGGCUGUCGUCCAGAGCAGAGUUGAAGCAGAUGCUCAAACAAGAUCCUCUACCGAGCCAUGAUCCGAGUCGUGAGCCGCAACGAGGGAGUAUCGUCAAUAUCGCCAGUCAGCUGGGGAUUGUCUCGCGUCCUGGGGCUCCUGCAUACUGCGCCUCCAAAUCCGCCAUUAUCGGCAUGACUCGAGCUGAUGCAAUAGAUUAUUCUGCGGACGGCAUCCGUGUGAAUUGUGUCUGUCCUGGGGUCAUUGAGACCCCGAUGACAACUGGCAAUGAGGAGGUACAUGCGCGCUUACAGCCUGCCGUUGAUAUUGCGCCAAUGAAAAGAAUGGGCAAGCCAGAAGAGGUGGCAGAUGCGGUUCUCUUUCUAUGCUCGACUUUUGCCUCCUUCGUGCAGGGCCAUGCUUUGGUUGUUGAUGGUGGUUAUAUUAUCAACUAG